GGUUGCAUACGGUCUCCUCGAACGAAGUGUAUUGUGGGAAGUGUAGGCAAUGUGUUGACAGCCACUUUUUUUGGCAGCAUGGAAGAAGCUCGUGAAAGCUCACACGGAUGCAGUGGAAAUAACUCGGAUCCAGAGGAAGACAGAGGCUCAGACACAGAUUUCGAACCUUCGAGACUCGGAACUAAAGAAUAGUGAGUGUUUGGCGUCGUUUGCUCCAUUGCUUACACUAAACAAAGAAUGAUAAGCUAAUACCGUCGAACGGAAAUCGAACUUCACAGCUGUAGUAUUUAAUACAGAUGCAUCUCAAGCCUUUCUUUUUCUUUCUGUACCACAAAUGUUGUCAUUAUAUGUCAUUAUAUUAUAUGUUACCUUUGCUAACAUUAGUAACCAGCAUGCUGGGGGUGGUACAGUCUGUUUUAGACGGGCGGUUCAGGCGUUGUUGACGUUUUACACAUGGGGGGAAAGGCUGCUGGUCCAGUCUUUGUAACACAACAGAGUGCUAUCACUGCUUAUAAAGUUCAUUAAUGGGUAAAUGUCCUCUUCCACAGCUGGGAAGAUGCAUAUCAACAGGAACUGGAGACAUUCCGAGAAAUUGGGGAUGUUGGUGAGAUAUGGUAAUCAUCCAGAGCUGGGAUCAUCAGAUCUGACAUUUUUAAUGGCUGCUCCUAGGGCUGGAUGAUAUGGGAAAAAGUUUAUCACGAUAUAUGUUUUCAUAUCAGUCAAUAUCGAUAUCACGAUAUAAAAACUGAAAUUUAACAGUGCUUAUUGGUAGUAUGUCUUUUUCAAUACAAUAAGUUUCUGCAUCUGUGAGGUCUUUGUGUCCCUUUGAAGUUGUGCUGGAGAAAGCAGAUUGAAUGGUGGGCUGUUUGGGCUGCACAGGCGCCAUGGACUCCUUGCUCCGCUUUUGGUUUAGAACCUUUGCACUGCGCAUGCUUUGCCGUGUGGCAUUACUUCAGGUGGUGAAAAAGAUUUGGGGUAUUCCCAGACUUUGCAUGAACAUGUACUCAACAUAAAUUUGUAGCGCACAUUACUCUGCCUCAUGUCCGACCUAAAUAAAACAAAAUACCUCCACAUCACCGGCGUUUUCAUGCCAGUGUUGUCAACAAUGUCGUCAUUGGUUUAGUGCAUUUCUAGCACUCAUUUUCUUGUGCUAUGGUUGUGUGUAGCUGCAGCCUGCUCCUACGCAGUUGUUUGUUACUUGGUUCUAAUUCAGCACAUGAUUGGUUCAGCGCAUAGCAGACCUGGAGCAACUCCCCUUUUCAUUGGCUGUUCGUAUAGUCUACCAAAACAUGGCAGAAUGACGACUAUCGAAAAGCUUAUUGACCAUGUUUUAUAUUGAAAUUGAGGGAAAUUAAUUUUCAAAAUAUAUUAUUAUCGUUUUAUCGCCCAGCCCUAGUUGCUACCGUAGCCCAGGGAAGAAUAUUUAUUAUGUUGAUUGCUGUAUUUUUUGUGUAUCUGUCUCUUAUAUAAGUCUUUUUUUGUGCUGUUUGUUCUGAGGUUUGGCGAGGAAAGCAUGAGGCGUGUGCUGCGAUGGAUGGGCACAGCCAAGAUUCAUGAAGAUGCUGCCAUUCUUGACAUUGGCACUGGAAAUGGAGCCUUUUUGGUGGAACUUGUGAGUAACAACAAACUUUGACUGUAUUUGAACUUUGGUGUCAGUAGCUUUAUUUCACUGUCCCCCGGAGGUGGGUUUACAAAAAUCACACAACUGGUGCAAAACCUGUGGAUUACACCUGGAAUAACUAGGGUAUUUUCAGUGGUGACACUCAGUUUUGCAGAGAUAGGAAAGCCACAACCUAAGUGCCUUCAAACUUCAAUGUAAUGGGAAAAUAGGAAGCAUCUUCAUGAUCUAAACAAAUACAAGUUGGCUUGCUUGGCACAGAAAAUGUAUUUGUGGUUUUGAUGAUUUGAUGUGAUUGAAUACUAAGAGAAUAACAGCAAGGUUCACUGUGUCAAAACUUUUUUCCCUAAAAUGUCAUUUUGUGUUUUUUCUCUGUCAAGGCUAAACACGGAUACACAGAUCUGACUGGUAUAGACUAUUCUCCAGCAUCUGUAGAUCUGGCCAGAAAUAUUCUGCAGGCUGAGCACUUCCCAGACGUUUGUGUAAAGGUGGGUCUAUGUUUGUUAUUAAAUCUAAAAAACAUUAGAUAUAGAAUUUACUGCAUAACCAUAACAUAGUUAGCAGCCAAAAGAACAAUGUUUGCCUAAAUUCACAUUUUAAUGUGUAAAUUGGUAUAAAAUACUGUAUUGUUGUGUCAUUUUCCAAGAGUCUAAAGUCUUUGUGGGUUUCACAGCAAAUGAAGCAGUGGGAGUAGCACUGGGGAAUUCACACAGUAACAGACUGAAACAUAAAUCUGUACUCUUGUUUCGGAGCCCGAACAAUAUUUUGCCUUGCAGAUUUCAGAAUCACGAAUACUUAUAAAUCCUUGAAUGUGGGUGCUGCAGUAGCUCUGAUACAGAAUAUAAGCAUAAGGAUGUAAGCAAGAAGUAAGUAGUAAGAAGUGGCACUCUGUGGUGCAUGUAAGGAAAAUCAGUGCAGUAUUAAAUAUGCCUCUGUGUUUUCACAGAAGUAUAUUUUGUUUUGCCAAGGAUAUUGACCUUUGAAAGACUGGCAUAAGUGGACUUCCUGUCUACAUUCAGUAAUGUAGUUUGACAGAGCUUGUCCAGUAGAUUGUGAUACCACUCCAAAGCUCUAAGCACUGUCCUCAACUAUAGCAGAAGAUUACAGCCGAGCAAACAGGAGCACACACUGAAACUAGUCAACAGUGUUCAUUUAACAACCAUAUAAUUAUUUGUUUAAGAAGCAGCCUUUUUAGUGUGUUCAGUUUGUAAUUUUCUGUGCGCAAUUGGAAAAUAGUCUAUACGGAAAAGUUUCAUUAGCUAAAAAAUCUGCCGCCAUUGAAGUAAACUUGGAGUUUUAUCGGAUAAGUGGUUCAGGAUGUAAAUAUAGAAUAUUAAGCCAGGAGUAUCUGCAACAGUUCCAACAUUUUUAGUGAACCUGUCUGAUCCUGUGCCAUGCAUAAAUCAAAAAACAAAAUUACUCCCAUUCAUUCUAUAAAAAGAAAUGCUACAAUUUAGCCUUAAGCAUAAUGUGAACCAACCUGAGCCUGGGAAGGUUUGAGGAAACUCUCCUGUGUUUACUAUGUGGGAGAGAGUUGGAUCAGAAGAAGAGUGAUGGAAAUCUGCCCACCAUUCAUAUGAAACCACCUCAAACCCCAAAGCAUUGGCAGGAUGUAACACUUCUACUAACAUAUAUCUGCAAGAAAAACAAGCUUUAAAUGCUUCCUGCUGUAGACGAGAUGUGAUGAUGAUGACUAUCCUCUCCUGUGUGUUCACCGAGUUGCAUCUAUCUGUAUGUCUAAGCAUCUCACUGCUGUGGCGGUGUGUGCUUUGCAGGGGCAGAAAGCUUUCCACAGGAGUCAAUAUUGACCUUAGCUGGACAGGGAGAGCACCAUGGCUGUAUGAGAGUGUAUGUGAGAGAGAGAUGGUAUGUUGGCAUCAGGUAUGUUGGCUGCAGGAUGCCUGAAUAAGUUGUAUGAAUUUGCUGGAUGUUUUUUGGAGCCUAAGUAGACCCUCCUUUUGUGUUUCACCUCGUGAUAGGAAGAAUCUAUGUCAAGUUUCACCUCAAAGUUCCACCAAUGUUUGUUAAGCUGUUCUUAGUGAACAUUAGUCACUGUCUGCUGCUGCUGCUUUGACCCCGUUACCUUCACGCAUUCCUUCAGCAUCCUCCCAGCUUUUCCAUCGAAUAGGUUCACACUCAACAUGAACUCGGAUAAUUUGCAAACAAUUUGCAGACAUUUGGCCUCCUUUGGUCGUAAAUCACACUCUCUCUAAAUCCAGUGUGUUUGUGAGUACAGUGUGAGGCUAUUGAGUCCUUCCUUGAGGUCUUCUAUUCUGCUCUCUGUCCAGAUAAAGGGUCCAUUCACUGGUGGAUAUUUUUUCAGCAACCUCAGCAGAUUUAGCAGCUGUAAAUUUCAACAGUUAAAAUUUAGUCCUAAAGUUAACCGCUGAGGUGUAACACUUUUAAUGCAGCGUGAUGUUGACAGACCUCUGCUGCUGGUGACAGCAGAUAAACGCACAGUUGAAGAAAUAGACAGACCCUUCCUUAACGUUUCUUUUUUUAUUUUCAGGAGAUGGAUUUUUUAAACUGUAAAGGGGAGCUGAAAGAUUUCGAUGUCUGCAUUGACAAGGGAACAUUCGAUGCCAUAAGCCUCAAUCCAGACAACACAACGGACGGCAAAAAACUGUACGUCAAAGCCUUAAAAGACGCUCUCAGGAACGAAGGAUUCUUCGCCAUUACCUCCUGUAACUGGACAAAAGAGCAGCUGCUGGAAAGAUUCAGUGAAGGUAAUGAUUAAUGUUUGAUUUCUCCUGGUGAAAAAAAUUUCAGCACGAUCCUGUUUAUUUUUACAUAGAAGAGCAACAGAAGGUCUUGCUUGGUAUUCAGCUCUCCCACUUUUCUCCCCCAGUUUUCUGUAUAUCUUACUUUUGAUAAAAACUGGAAAUUAUGUCCCCACUCAGAUUUGAUUCUCUGAAGUGAGGUCAAAGGUUCACAGCUGCCCGCAUUAACUUAUUCAUUAUUGUGGAAUAUUGCAAAAGUUAACUCCUCUAGUUUGACCUUUAGAAAAAACAAACAGGCGUGGUGAUUUGAAGUGUUCAUACCUAUUACAGAAAUACAUUGAAUAGGAAUCAAAGUAAAAUUGAAACAUUUUUGGCACAUUAUGAAGCAAUCGGUAAGAAGCUUCUAAAUUUGUAUUUAGAGCUACAGCUGCACAUGUAUCAGGGCACACUUACAGAAAGACACCUUUGCUUUAUAAACUGAUUUCAGCAGUGUUUCUUCAGUGUAAAGGAUUGUUGAACCUUCUUUUAACCAAAGUAAUUAAAAAAGUAUCUGCUUCUGAAAGAGUUACAGAGUUUUAAAAGAUUGUCUUCUAGAGGUGCUUUAUGUGUAUGAAAAAUUCAAUUAAACAUAAACUUGACAAUUUGUCAGCUGGGAGGAUGGUUUCAUGUCAUUAUGCUGAUCAGCAGGUGGCAGUACUAAAACUAAAUGUUGCAGUGUUCUUAUAAAUACAGUAAAGAAGAAGACUGCCAGCCAUUAAGCAUUAGUGUAAAACUCCUGGUUUGAAGUGCCUACAUAAUUUGUUUUUCAUUAUUUUUUACGAGGAACAAAAUUUCUGUCACAUGUUUGUAGAGUCGAUGGAUGACUGACACCCAGGAUAAACCGUAUGUCGUAAAAGACACAUUUGAAGUGUGUCGUGUCAAACAUGGGUUAAAUUGCUUAAACUGUAUAAAUAUUUAAGAAGCUCAUCGGUGAGAUUUACAGAUGUGUCUGUCUGGCUCAUGACAUCUCUUUAUUUGGCUGUGUUGUUGUCUGACCCUCUGUCAAAACACGGGUAUAUUUCAAUACCAGCGACAGGUACCUGGCAGGUUGUUGUGCUGCAGGUGACGACCGCUUUGUAAAGUCAGACUUUUGGCACUCUUCCAGUAGCUGUCAGUCCUCUCAGUGCAGUCACUCUGGAGAACCUGCAGGGGGCCAAAGGGUUCUGGAGAUCUCAUCUGUCACGCCGACAGCCUGUCUUUACUCUGCCCCAGGAAGCACCACAGAUGGUGGAUGGAUAGUUCUUGACUCAAAGUGCUCCUCCUAACCUCUUUGCAGCCGCUGUCAGCAGGAAGGAUUCUUGGCAUCUGUGUUUGAGGCAGCGUGUUGAUGUUCUGGUAGUUUGCACAUUUUUUUAACCGGCACAUUUUCUCUUUGUUGCCUUGCAGGAUUUGAGCUUGUGCAGGAGUUGCCUACACCCAAGUUCCAGUUUGGAGGCAAGACAGGCAACAGUGUGACGGCACUUAUUUUCAAGCGAGUAUAAUAAUCAUGUGUUGAUAUGAGAUCUGUGUUUUAUUCCUAUUUGUCACAAUACUGAUGUUUUGUAUGAGAUCUUAAUAUUAUAAAGAUUCACUUUUAAGAGCUGUAUCAAAUAAAGCAGAUGUACAGUAUCAUUGAGAUGUUUUGAGCUUAAUAAACCAGUUUUGCUUUGUUGCUUUUGAUGUUUUUUUGCUAUUGUUUAACAAGAUUAUUUUAUUCAAUUCUAGUUAAAGAGUUGUUUUCAUACUAGAGCUGAUUAUAUUGGAUGUCUGUCACUUUUUAAACAUUGUAAAUGCAUGCACAAAACUGUCUAUUAGUUACUUUUUUCUAUGCUUCAUCAAACAGCUCAUUUGUCACUGAUUGUUACCCGAUCCUAAGCUAAAGCUGGUUUAGAAUUACAUCAUUUGAAUAAGUUUACAAGUCCUAAUGACACAAAUGGAUCACAGGCAAAUAACUUACAGUAAAUCGGGGUAGUGUGAAAUGUCUUCACAUGAAACCGUUAACCUCAGAACGACAAAACUUGCAGCUGACUCUUGAUUUAAUGUGGGUUCCUGUGUGGUGUUCAUAUGUAAACUCCUCACCCUUUUUGCACCUACUGCCACAGUUCCACUAGACUAUUAUUAAUUGUGUUGAUUUAUUAUUAGUUUAAAGGGUUAAAAUGUGCUCUGUAUGCUAUUUCUCUCCUUUCCAUUAAUCAUCUCAUGGCCCUUCAAAUUACUUUGUUAGGGUCCUGUUGAGAGUCUUGACCCGCAGUUUGAAAACCACUGUUCUGUCUAACAGGCUCAUUAAUAGCAUCCAUCUUUCAUGCCAUGUGAAAAAUAGCCUGGACCUAAUUGGCCAAACUUGAAACCAGCAAAGCUUGAGGUCCUGAGGAGCAUGAUUAAGAACCUCUGACAUACUAAAUAAACAGGAGGCUGCAGCGUCUGUUGGAGGAGACGCUUUUCUGCCAUUUCCUUUCUGAAUGGCAUCAUUAAUACCUGCCAAACUCUGAGUUCUAAUUGCAAGCUGAGCCAGCCGACCAAUGGAGAGCCUAGAUGUUGAGGCAUGCAGUUGAGUAAACACACAAGAUUUACAAGAAUUACUGCCUGGAAUUUUACAAGGCUCUGGAUAUCCUGCCUGGAUGUGCAUAUUAUGUCCACGUUACAGCUCUCUCAGAGAUUUUCCCAUGAAGUGAGGCCUCCAUCUCGGACUAUUUUGAAUAACUGCCUCUCCGCCUCUGUAUGAUUUUAACUCUCACUGUCUUCAAAACAUCUUGUUAGGCAGCUCCUGGAGUAUUUUUAGUGUCACACCAUGCCAUAAAAUUGUAUGAGAUACCUACUGCAGGCUUCUCUGAUUGUAUUGUCUGCAUGGAAAACCUGUCAUCAGGUCUUGACGUUAUGUGCUGACAGACACAGAUGUCUGCGAUCUUAAAAAUGUGGAUUUUUAUGACUGUCUGAAAGUUGUCCUACUGUGAACUAUAGACAUGUGCCAGAAUAUAAAUUGGCUUCUUUGUUUUUUUUGUUUUUUUUUGUUUCUAUCAAAAGACAAGUCUGGACCUUUUCCUUCUGUCCUCUUUCUAGGCAUUUUAUAACCACCUACCAUAAAGUAAAAUAAAACAUAAGAUUGUGUGUCCUGCUGCUUUCAAA